AUGCUUCCCCUUGCAUAUGCCAUUGUUGAGGUUGAGAACAAAGAGACAUGGAGUUUGUUUCUGCAGUUAUUGAUAGAAGAUCUUGGAGGAAAUGAAGUGUGUGGGGUUGGUGCACGCUAUAGAGGAACCUUUGCUAAGGCAAACCAAAGAUUCUGCAUGAGGCACCUAUACGCAAACUUUAGAAAACAGUUCCCUGGUCAGACUUUGAGGACGCUGAUGUGGAAGGCUGCCACAAGCACGUACCCCCAGGCAUGGGAGAGAGAAAUGCUGAAUAUAAAACAGGUCAACAUAGAAGAAUAUAAAUACCUGAUAUCCAUCCCCCCCAGGUACUGGUCAAGGUCUCGUUUCACAUAUGAAGCUGUAUGUGAUUCCAUGGACAACAAUAUAUGUGAAGCCUUCAAUAGUGUUAUUGUGCUUGCCAGAGGCAAGCCAAUAAUCACAAUGCUAGAGGAGAUAAGGCUUUAUCUUAUGAAACGUUGGGCCACCAACAGAACCAAGGUCGCAGCUAUGGAAUUCACUAUCUGUCCAAAGAUAAACACCAAGCUUAUGAAGGAAUCAAAUCUGUCUAAAUAUUGGAUUCCAAGCUGGUCUGGACGUAAGUUGUUUGAGGUUAGACACACUGUAGUAAUAACAAACAAGUUUACGGUGGACCUUGAGAGUAAAGAGUGUAGCUGCAGGAAAUGGAUGAUAAGUGGGAUUCCAUGUUGUCAUGCCAUUGCAGCCAUGAACUAUUGCAAUGAAGACCCAAAAAAUUUCAUACCCUCUUGCUUCACAAGAACGACAUAUGAAGCCACUUAUGCCGCAAUGAUUUAUCCUGUCAAUGGGAAAUUGCUUUGGGAAAAAAAUCAUUUGUGGAUGUCCUGCCACCAGUUACACGAAAGAUGCCUGGUAGGCCAAAGAAAAAAAGAAAAUUGGAGGUCUGGGAGUUAA